AUGGACUACUUGCCGUUUAUAGAUGAGCCACAAAUAGAUGACACUCACUUGGAGAAAGUGGAAACUCGAAUGAAACUUGAACUAGAACGAAUCAUGGCAAACGAUCAAAUCCAUCCAGAAGUCUUGCGUCUACUGGAAUCUCAACCACAUAAGCAGUCCAGAUUCGAUGAGGAGCUAUAUGAACUCUAUAAUAGUGGAAGUGAGAACGUCGAAGUGAAUGGCAGCGCCCGGAAGAGACCAUACAACGAGGAGUUACUAUUAGAAGAGCAUAAAAAGAAAAAUGCUCGGGUACGAAUGGACAUAUAUGAUUUGGACAAUCCCCAGUGUAACGUUGAAAGACUCGCGAUAAUCGAUAACUACUUGAAACACCAGGAGUUGAUUUUAAGGGAGGCGUUACCGAAGACAUUAUUAAAUCAAUGGGCCAUAAAUAACCAUUAUCUCAGCAACAGGUCUGAACAAUUACAACAAGUUAUUGACCUCCAAAGCAAACACAUUCAAGAACUCAACGCGUACCGAAAGAACGUUCAAUUGCAAAAUGAGCCAGUUUUUGAAAGGGACGUUCAAAAUUGGAGGAACAAAUUAAUUAGAAAUUUGAAUGUGCAAUAG